UGUGUCUUUCAACCAGGUACAUCUACCUCUAUAUUUUCGCUCUCAAACUCUAUAUGAAUCUUUAUCGUGUAGCUCUCUAGCUUAUUUCAGUUAGUAGCACACUGCUAUGUUCUGAAUUCUCUUUGUUUCACUCUGUGUUUCAACGCUACAUUCUUAUUUAGAAUAUACGUUGAUUCUUACAUGGUUCGUGUCUGUUGAGAUUUAUGUCAUCAAUUUGAUCUGGGUACUGUUCAUUUUUGUUGAUUUCAUAUAGUUUGAGGUGGAAUUCAAGUAUGCUCUGUUUCUCGAGAGACCAAAUGCGUGUUUUGGACAUAGAUUUAGUGUUGGCAUACCCAUGUAGGUGUGUGUAUGUAUAUGUAUUCAGGUCCCCUUGUUACAAUAUGGAUAUUAUUAAUUUACCCAUUAUCGUUGUGAAUUGUCUGCAAUUGUUUUUGUUGGGGGUGGUGAGAAGGAGCAGAGGCUUUUGUUCUGCUGCUUGGUGUUCUUCUACUUUUUUUUUUUUUUCACAUUUUGCCCUGAAUGGUUUGCUUUGUAUGACUUUAUGAUUUAAAUAUAGUCAUUUUCUCGUAAAUUUAUUAUCGGAGUCGGUAUUUGUACAUAAGGAUGAAAGGAUUAGUUGUUAUUUGUAAUUUUGGGUUUUAGGUUUGUUAGGACAUUCGUAUAUGUGGUUAUUGGUACCCCUUAUCUGAAUUUACGCCUUCGUGAGGGUGUUGAUUCUUUUAUUUACUAUGUUUCUGGGCUAUCUUGUUACUCCUAUUGAGUAAAACCGAGUAUAUCCAAGCAAUACUUUCUAUUGGGUUAGGGUUUGUUUUGUUUCUCUUUGUAGUAUUUUUUAAUUUCGAAUUGUAGCAUCAAAAUUUGUUUUGUUUCUCUCCUUAGUAUUUAUUAAUGUCGAAUUGUGGCAUCAAAGUUUCAUUUUAUAGUCACAUUGGUCACGAUCUUGUGAUUUCAUUUUUUACUCGUCUUAAACCUUGUUUAUGGUAAAAUUGCUUGUGGAUUGAGUCAACUGUAGUUGUCCCAUCUCAUUUUGUAGAAUGUUCUUGUGACCUGGGCUUCUUAUCUUUCUUGCAUUGUCAUAACCGUUCCUUUUCAACCCCCAUCCACACAAAUAUCAAUGUUUGUUUAUUUUUAAGGAUGGUUUGCUGAUAAUGCCCUCACCAUUUUUUGUAUACUGAGGUCUACAGAAUGGGAAGUGCGGGUGGAACGGAUUAUGGGGCAUUCACCUAUGAGAACCUCGAGAGGGAGCCCUAUUGGCCCUCGGAGAAGCUCCAGAUUUCCAUCACUGGAGCAGGUGGAUUCAUUGCCUCACACAUAGCAAGGCGUCUAAAGAAUGAGGGACAUUACAUUAUUGCUUCUGAUUGGAAGAAAAAUGAGCAUAUGACCGAGGACAUGUUCUGUCAUGAGUUCCAUCUCGUUGAUCUUAGGGUGAUGGAUACCUGUCUGAAAGUCACAAAUGGGGUUGAUCAUGUUUUUAACCUUGCUGCUGAUAUGGGAGGUAUGGGCUUCAUCCAGUCCAAUCAUUCGGUCAUUAUGUACAACAACACUAUGAUUAGCUUCAACAUGCUUGAGGCUGCCAGGAUCAAUGGAGUUAAGAGGUUCUUUUAUGCCUCUAGUGCUUGCAUUUAUCCUGAAUUUAAGCAGUUGGAUACUAAUGUCAGCCUGAAGGAGUCUGAUGCUUGGCCUGCUGAGCCUCAAGAUGCUUAUGGCUUGGAGAAGCUGGCAACGGAGGAAUUAUGCAAGCACUACACCAAGGACUUCGGAAUUGAAUGCCGGAUUGGACGGUUCCAUAACAUUUAUGGACCUUUUGGCACAUGGAAAGGUGGGAGGGAGAAAGCACCUGCUGCAUUCUGUAGAAAAGCCAUUACUUCCACUGAUAAGUUUGAGAUGUGGGGAGAUGGGCUACAAACCCGAUCUUUCACCUUCAUUGAUGAAUGUGUUGAAGGUGUGCUAAGAUUGACAAAAUCAGAUUUCCGAGAGCCGGUGAAUAUUGGAAGCGAUGAGAUGGUAAGCAUGAAUGAGAUGGCUGAGAUCGUCCUCAGCUUUGAGAACAAGAAACUCCCUAUCCAUCACAUUCCUGGGCCGGAAGGCGUGCGUGGUCGAAACUCAGACAACACUCUUAUUAAAGAGAAGCUUGGUUGGGUCCCUACUAUGAAACUGAAGGAUGGAUUGAGAAUCACAUACUUUUGGAUCAAGGAUCAAAUUGACAAAGAGAAAGCUCGGGGCAUCGAUCUAUCAAUUUACGGGUCAUCAAAAGUUGUUGGAACACAAGCUCCCGUUCAACUUGGCUCUCUUCGUGCUGCCGAUGGCAAAGAAUGAAUUAGAUGAGGCCAAGCACAGAUCAUUCUCUGCAAAUCAAGCCGAGGUUUUUGUGAUCGUUAUAUGUCAGAAAAAUAGACUGCCCAAUACACGAGACUCUUGCUACUGCAGGUCAGUAGGUUCCUUUCUUUGAAGGGGAACCUAUGUUGUAUGAUAAUUUAUUCUUUCAAUACAUGUAUUUGCCUUCUUUCAUGUUGUGGUAUUGAAUUGUUUUCUGCCUAUUUGAGCUCUUAUGUGGCCCCUUUCUCCAUUUGUGCUUGGAUGAAGCCUUCCUGAAAGUCAUUGUCGAGGAAGCAUUUGAGCCGUUACAAGUCAAUGUCUAAUA